AUGGCAAACCAAAAAGCGCAGCAACUCAACCGUUUCUUGGCUUCGCAAAAAGUCAAGGGUCCACCUUUCCGCUCUUACACCAUUCAACCUCGACUGCUCGAAGCAUCGCACGUCAUGUCGCUACUGGAAGAGCCAGCGGAGGAGAGCUGGGAUCUCGAGAGGUAUCGGAUACCGAUCCCUGCCAAUGCGAGUCCAAGCCAAUUCGCAUCGUCAUCAUCAGAGCAGCCCGAUGGCAAACCCGACGAGCAAGGCGGUUUCUUCUACAUUCCCAACUUCAUCUCGGAAGACGAGGAACGCUUCCUCACCGAGGCUAUCCUUUCGGCGCCCAAGCCCAAAUGGAAAGUGCUGCAGAACAGACGCUUGCAGGAAUGGGGUGGGCAGGUCCUGGCCAAGAACAACACGUUGAUGCCACAAGCGAUGCCAGACUUUCUUUCAAGCUAUCCAGACCUUGUCGCUCGACUGCGCAAGACGGGGGCGUUCGAAGCAUCGAAGCAUGGCGAGCCGAAUCACUGCCUAGUGAACGAAUACCUUGCGGGUCAGGGCAUCAUGCCGCACGAAGAUGGUCCCGCCUACUUUCCAGCUGUAGCGACCAUCAGCUUGGGGUCACACACGCUCCUCGAUGUCUACAGAUAUGUCGAUGAGGAUCUUCAGAAGGACUUUGACAAGCGUAUGAAAGAGCACGACGAAAAAGCGACAAAGGAUGGCGCCACAGGAUCCACGGACGGUAAUGAUCUUGAGGACUCGACAAAGACCAAGAUUGUACCCAAGGAGAGGAUGGAAGGCAACGUAAAGAUCGUACGGGGAGCCAGAGCGAGGGAGCCAAAUCCCGUCUUCAGCAUAUUGCAAGAGCCGAGAUCCUUGCUGAUCACGACAGGACACGUUUACAAGUCGUACCUCCAUGGUAUCGCUGACAGGAAAGUCGAUACGGCUUCACAUCUGGUCCAUGUCGCCAACCAUGAUCUGCUCGUCGACCAACAGAUUCGAAGCAAGGUGAACAUGGCUAGGGCUGGGUCUGGCGACAGUAAAGCUGAGGAAGCCAAGGAGGAAGACGGUAGUCUGACACGGCACACACGGCUGAGCCUCACAUUCAGGGAUGUGGAAAAAGUCAGCAAAGGUGUGGCUGCGAUGAUGGCAUACCUGCAAGGCGGCAAGAAAUAG